AUGACCCUGCAGUUGCCAUCGGUGCGGCGCCGCCGUGCUAGGAGCGGAGCAGAACAGAACAGAACAGAACAGAACGGAGCAGGCCAGGGACCAGCGAGGGAGGCAGCAGCAAUCUGGCGGCCGCUAUUGUCUCCGCUGCAAAUCACCACCGCCGCUCGCAUUGUCCCCGACUGCGGGGCACACAGCGGCGCUGCGGCGUGGCGCAUCGCGUCGGGUCGCUCCUUCCUGCGUGCCUCUUCCUGCCUCCCCCACCAACCGGCCGCCCCCUGCCUCCCACCUUCUUCACAUUCGGGCAGCAAGUAUACUCUCCAGAUUUAUUCUGAGGGCUAUAACGAUGAUGAUGAUAACGAUGAUGAUGAUAACGAUGAUGAUGAUAACGAUGAUGAUGAUGAUAACGAUGAUGAUGAUGAUAACGAUGAUGAUGAUGAUAACGAUGAUGAUGAUGAUAACGAUGAUGAUGAUGAUAACGAUGAUGAUGAUGAUAACGAUGAUGAUGAUAACGAUGAUGAUAACGAUGAUGAUGAUAACGAUGAUGAUGAUAACGAUGAUGAUGAUAACGAUGAUGAUGAUGAUGAUGAUGAUGAUGAUGAUGAUGAUGAUGAUGAUGAUGAUAUGAAAUGA